UCAGUAAUGCACAUUUCCUUUCUUUCUUCUAGGAGGGGAUGACCGGCGGGUCUUACUUUGGCAUAUGGAAGAAGCCAUCCACUCAAGAGUCAAACCAGUUCAGUUGAAAGGGGAGCAUCAUUCUAAUAUCUUCUGCCUAGCUUUCAACAGUGGCAAUACGAAAGUGUUCUCUGGAGGCAAUGAUGAGCAAGUUAUACUCCAUGAUGUUGAAAGCACCGAGACCUUGGAUGUGUUUGCCCAUGAAGAUGCAGUGUAUGGCCUUUCAGUGAGCCCAGUAAAUGAUAACAUCUUCGCCAGUUCAUCAGAUGAUGGCCGGGUUCUUAUUUGGGACAUCCGAGAGUCUUCCCAUGGAGAGCCCUUCUGCUUGGCACACUACCCAUCAGCCUUUCACAGUGUGAUGUUUAAUCCAGUAGAACCCAGAUUACUAGCUACUGCCAACUCUAAGGAAGGUGUGGGACUCUGGGAUAUUCGUAAACCUCAGAGUUCGCUGCUCCGCUAUGGUGGAAACCUCUCCCUUCAGAGUGCCAUGAGCGUCCGAUUCAACAGCAAUGGAACCCAGCUGCUGGCACUGCGUCGGCGCCUUCCCCCGGUCCUCUAUGACAUCCACUGCCGGCUGCCUGUCUUCCAGUUUGACAACCAAGGGUACUUCAACUCAUGUACUAUGAAGAGCUGCUGUUUCGCAGGUGAUCGUGAUCAGUACAUCCUUUCGGGCUCUGAUGACUUCAAUUUGUAUAUGUGGAGGAUUCCUCCAGAUCCAGAAGCAGGCGGCAUUGGCAGGGUCGUCAAUGGUGCUUUUAUGGUAUUGAAAGGUCAUCGGUCAAUUGUAAACCAAGUCCGGUUUAAUCCUCACACUUACAUGAUCUGUUCUUCUGGUGUUGAAAAGAUUAUAAAGAUCUGGAGUCCUUACAAACAGCCUGACUGCACAGGGGAUCUGGAUGGUAGAAUUGAGGAUGAUUCGCGUUGCCUCUACACUCAUGAAGAGUACAUCAGUCUUGUGUUGAACAGUGGUAGUGGUUUGUCCCAUGAUUAUGCCAACCAGUCAGUCCAGGAAGAUCCACGGAUGAUGGCCUUUUUUGACUCCCUGGUGCGCCGGGAGAUCGAGGGCUGGAGUUCUGACUCAGACAGCGACCUCAGUGAGAGCACAAUCCUGCAGCUCCACGCAGGAGUAAGUGAACGCUCCGCUUACAGUGAGUCGGAGUCCUCUGCCUCUUUGCAUCACUCCCCACCACAUGUGGCUGAAGAGUCUGAUGAAACUGCCUAUAACUUAAGGGCCUUAAGAUCAACCGAAUCCCCCUCAGCCAGAGAAGAUGUGGCUUCCCGUCAGCAGAGGCUCUCUGCACUGAGGAAGUAUCAGGAUAAACGUCUCCUGGCCCUUUCCAAUGAGUCUGAUUCUGAUGACAAUACCUGUGAGGCAGAGCUAGAUACAGAGCUCUUCCCACGGCCGCGGUCCCCGAGUCCCGAGGAAAACGAAUCCAGCAGUUCCAGCAGCAGCAGCAGCACAGAAGAUGAAGAGGAACUGAAUGAACGACGCACAUCUAUGCGGCAACGCAAUGCACUGAGGCGCCGACAGAAGGUGGUGCAAAAGGAGGAAAGGACUAGUACUAACACGGAGAAUGUGACCCCCUACAUAGGUGAGGAUAUCUAUGAUUACCCCCAGAUCAAAGUAGAUGAUCUAUCCUCUUCUCCAGCUUCUUCACCAGAAAGGAGUUCAGCCAACAAAGAAGUUCUUAAAGAAAGGACCUCUCCUUGUUCAGACAGUGAAUCAGUGGAGAGAAAGAUUUACAAAGCUUACAAAUGGCUUCAUUAUUCUUACAUAUCAUAUUCAGCUAGUAAAGAUGGUGAGUCCUCCAGAGCAGAUGGGGAGAAUGAUGAAGGGAAACCAGGAACUAGUGGAAGGCACAGUACAGCACACUCACUAAAUAAGGAAGAUGCUAGGAACCUGAGUUCAGUAGUUCCUCAAGGUUCCCCAGCUCUUUCUACUGAAAGCCACAACAAAGAAACUUUAAAAGAAUGUGGCUUGAUAGAAAAUUCUAGUAAUGGUCAAGCUCGUGAAUGUGACAAUCAGCGGCGGAUCGAGGGUCAAGAAAACACAUCUGAAGACACUAGUAGUGGAGGUAUAGAGCAUUCUUUUGAGACGAAAAAGCUCAAUGGAAAAGCUAACUGCAAAGGGCUAAAUAGUUGUACUGAAGAACCAUGCAUUCAGACUGCAGGACUUGUGGAACAGAAAAAUAGUCAGAACUGUCAACCAGCAUCAAGCCAUCACUCACUGGUCCCUCCGUUCUCCACUGUUGCCAUCUGUAGCAUGUCGGGUCACUGCUCCAGAAACCAGACUGAUGACAGUGAGGAGAGGAGCCUCGACACCUCCUGUGUUAACCACAAUAACGGCCACUUGCAUCUUCGCCCUUCCUGCUUCAACAAUGGACAGAGUUUUGGAGAGCAGGAGAGUGUGACACAAGGACUACAGGUGCACUCAAAUGCUGAUAAUGGCAACCUUGUACAGGUGGGUGUGACCUUGCACAAAGACUGCUGCCUGUCUGAAAUGGACUCCAACAGCUACAAUGUGAGCACGAGAGAGGAUACUGCUGACUUGCAUCCUACGGGCAGUGAGAGUACUCAAUCUCUUGGAGGACUGAAAAGACACAGAGCGGAGCUGGAAGAUGCAGAUUCAGAGGGUUCAUCCUUAGAAAAGAAGUUAAAAACAUGAUAAAUGCAAAUGUCUGUCGUAGCGUGCACUCUCAAAAAAAAAAAAGAAAAGGAAAAAGAAAGUAUUAAAGGCACAUAGAGCUUGGGUCUGAAACAUUGCGUUUGAUUCUCCAUUCCAUUCUUCAGUGGGUCUGUUUUAGAUUGCCAAUGGUUCAUGCUGUAUAAAAAUCCAACAUACUCCUUAAUGAGACUGAGUCUAGUGUACCCAUACAAGGUUCUGUUUAAAGUAAAUCCUUAUUAAGACGGUUGACUGAA